AUGGCGCUCGUCGUCCUCACCGGGCUCGUCGUAAUCUCGGAUGCCACCCAGAUCAUGCGUCGUCCGCCGCAGUACAAGAACAGGCCGAACACCUUUGCGAUGGAGCGCCAGCCCAAAGUGCACACCCUGUCUCGACGGGCGACCGGCAAAGCCAACUUCGCCUACUUUACGAAUUGGGGUAUCUAUGGAGCCAAUUUCCAUAUCCUCUACUCGUUCGCUGAUACGGAUGCAAGCACUGGUGCCAUCAAGCUGACUGACCCCUACUCCGACGAACAGAAACGGUUCCCUGGCGAUACAUGGACCGAGACGGGCAACAACCUCUACGGCUGCCUGAAGCAGCUUUAUCUCCUCAAGAUGAAGAAGCGCGACCUCAAGGUCCUUUUGUCUAUUGGCGGGUGGACGUACUCGCAGGCUGGUCACUUCAAUUUCGUCACCAACCCUACGGCGCGUGCAAAGUUUAUCAGUGACGCUGUUCAACUGAUCGAAGACUAUGGGUUUGAUGGGAUUGAUAUCGAUUAUGAGUACCCCUCGACUCCUGAACAGGGGCAAGGCCUCGCGGACUUGGUCACCUCCCUCCGCACGGCCCUGACUCAGCUCGCCUCGCGCAAGGGCGAGAGCAACCCGUAUCUGAUCACCGCGGCUGUGGGAGCUGGUCCCGCUGGGUACUCCAACCUCAAGGUUGCGCAGAUGGAUAGGGCCAUGGACUACUGGAACCUUAUGGCGUACGAUUAUGCCGGUUCGUGGUUGACUUGGGCGGACAACCAGGCCAAUUUUUAUGGUGGAGCGAGGACGGGGUAUAGUACCGAUGCGGCUUUGAAGUGGUACAUCUCCCAGGGAGCUACCAAGUCGAAGAUCAAUGUUGUCGCCGGAGGGCAAGUCUACGAGAACAAGACCGAUAUGACGAGCUACUCGUACGACCCCGUGAAGCGCGAGCUGGUUUCGUACGAUACGCCUAACAUUGUCCGCAUGAAGGCGAUCUAUGUUGAGAAGAACGGGCUUGGUGGGACUAUGUUCUGGGAGCUUUCCACUGACAAGGUUGGCUCUGAGUCGCUCGUUGCUGCUGCUGCGAGCCGAUUGGGUGCUCUGGAUAGUACGCCUAACCACAUCAAGUUCCCGAAUAGCAAGUGGGAUAACAUCCGGAACAACAUGUCUGGUGGUGGGAGUACCACUACUGCCCCUGCUCCUACCCCGACUGGUGGUACCCCGGCGCCUACUGGUGGACCGUGCGCUGGUGUCUCUGCUUGGAGUGCUACGACUAUCUACACUGGUGGAAAUAGGGCUACUUACUCUGGUCGACUUUGGACUGCGCGCUGGUGGACACAAGGCGAGACUCCUGGUACAGCCGAAGUCUGGACCAACAGCGGUGCCUGCUAA